GCAUAAAGAGUGGCUGUUACUACGAGAGGAGAAACGAGACUGCGAUGGCACGACCAGAAGUGUUUCUCUUCAUGGCUUUAGCUAGCAUUUCGUUUGAGAAACCUGCCUUGUUUAUUUGCUAUUCAUGAUCGUCACACCAACCUACGGCGACUCCUCCAACUAUGGAUUGUACUGAAGUUCUAUAUUGUGUGCAUUUGCGUGAAGACAAUCAAGAGAAAUAAGAAAGCCGUCACGGACAUUUGUGCGCUGUCACCCGGACUAUUCUGCACAUUAAGUGUCUCAUUGAGACAUUUAUCAACGGAUAUUUACGCGAAUUCUGUUUGACUGCAAUAUUUAGGAAAGGCUGUUGGUAUACACUUGAACACUGUUUAUUUUCCAAGUUAUUUGCUGUGUGUUAGUUUUCAGACAUGAAAAUAUAAUUAUAAUAGAUUAUUCUAUAUCACCAAUUUCGCUUGGGAUUAAUAAGGUUCGUUUUAAGGUUUGCUGUGCGACCUUAUGAAUAAUGUGCUACUGCAGUUAAGUGCUUUUUAACGUUUGACAGCCCGUCGCCACAGACGCUACGCUAAUCGCCCACAGGGCUUUAGAAAUACCCAUUUGCUAAUUUUGACAACAGAACCCUAAAUUUUGAUGUUAAACGUGAAUGUUAUUCAUUUGAACGUGAAGUUAACCUAGUGUGAGCAUCUGUAUAGUUGUAGUCUAGGCCAUAACGUGGAAUCAUAUCUGCCAAUUUACUAGCAAGGUGACAGUAGGAGUCGGUUUGCAGCCUGUUAGCUGAGUUCUCUCAGUGACAGACAGACGGAACGACUAGAAGAAUAGAAAAACCCGCCAUGGCUCUGCCAGAUAACACGCUGGGCAUUCCUGUAGCGGAGGAAGCAGUGUUCCCAGAGAUUAUAGAGCUGAAUGUGGGCGGUCAGGUGUAUAUCACCCGUUACUCCACCCUGGUCAGCGUACCAGACUCUCUUCUAUGGGAGAUGUUUAGCAGGAAAUCCUCCAAAGGACUGGCCAGGGACACCAAGGGACGUUUCUUUGUGGACCGCGAUGGUUUCCUCUUCCGGUAUAUUCUGGACUACAUGAGGGAUCAGCAGCUGGUGCUCCCGGAUCACUUCCCUGAGAGGGGCCGUUUGCAGCGGGAGGCAGAGUUCUUCGUCCUCCCUGAGCUUGUCAAGAUCCUGGCACCCAAAAUCAGCAAGCAGAACUCGCUGGGCGACGAGGGGUGUCAGAGUGACCCUGAGGAUUGCUCGCCGGGCAUCGAUGCGGGGCGCAACCUGUCAUCGCUAGGCGCUGCCGCUGCUGCCUGCGCCAGUCUGGUGCCCGGCGGCGACGGUAAACGCUCGGGGUUCAUCACCAUUGGCUAUCGCGGCUCCUACACGUUGGGGCGCGACACACAGACCGACGCGAAGUUCAGACGCGUGGCGAGGAUCAUGGUCUGUGGCAAGACGUCUCUGGCCAAGGAGGUGUUUGGAGAGACGCUAAAUGACAGCCGUGACCCGGACCGACCCCCAGAGCGCUACACCUCUCGCUACUAUCUCAAGUUCACGUUCCUGGAGCAGGCCUUCGACAAGCUGGCUGACGCCGGGUUCCACAUGGUGGCGUGUAACUCCACAGGGACCUGCGCCUUCGCCCACGAGCAGACGGACGACAAGAUCUGGACCAGCUACACUGAAUAUGUGUUCUACCGUGGCCAAUUGGACUUCCCCAAACCAGUGCCCUCUGACCUUCCAGACACUAGUCGCCAUGCCGAACAGCCCAUCGAUGACACAUGCCCCCCAACCACCACCAUCAGCCGACCAGAAACCAACACCAAUCCGGUCCUACAGAAUUGCCCCGCCCUCGACCCUCUUCCUCCGACUCCUCCUCCUCCCACACCCCCACCCCCACUCCCAGCCAAACCUGACCUUCCUCCACCUCCUCUCCCUGUACCUUCCCAGAGUUCCCUUCCCUCCACCCUCUGCGCCUCCUUGUCCACCACCCUCCCACCCCCCUCUCUGUUCUCGCCUGACGGGAGCACCCAGAGGCCCACCACCCUGGCUUUGAGGACGCUGCCCCGUCCCUCCGUGGCCAAGGAGAACGGAGGACCCCCACCGGGCGUCGACGAGGAAGAGGACGAAAGGAAGGUGAUGGAGGAAGAUCUGAAGAAGUGCAUUGAGGAUUUCAGAAAGAUAAAGCUUCCGAAUGUUUUUCCCGACAAGAAGAGACACUGGCAGAGCGACCUGUUAAAGAAAUAUAACGCUUAGGAGCAAUGAUAUGAUGUUCCCAUGGCAACCUAAUGGACCCCACAAUUGGAUACUGUGCCAAUUAGAUGACAGUAAUAAGCAGUGAAUGGCAUGUCAAUGCUGGGCUGGCACUGGACUGGCACUGGACUGGCACUGGGGACAUAAGAAUCAAGGCUUGAAUCAAACUGCAUUACUAUACUGAAUGACAGUAGACCAACUUUCAAGGGAUUUUAUUGUCACAAUAAAUGCCAUUGUUACAUAAAAGUUAGUACUACUGUGGCUAGUUACCUACACUUACACACUCAUGUUUACUUGAAGCCAGAACUGUGAGGACAGCAUGAUGACAGCGUAAUGACUGUGUCAGGAGGAACAUGGAUGAACUAUGUGUCUAGGCAGGUAAGAAUGAACGUAACAACUGUAGAUCACACGUCAGUAGAUUCAGUUGAUGUGUGAUAAAUCACAUGGAAAUACUCCUGAUGUGGGACUGAUAUUCUUUCCAGUAUGAGCAAAAUAUCCAUAUAGAGAAUGCUAGUAGCAUGAACCUUUCCCCCCCCCCUCAACCCCAAAAAAAGGAUUCCACUUUUACCCUUGAAAAUACUGAAUCUCUACAUUUUUCCUGGAAUAUAUCUAUUCUUUGGAUUUGCUCUGUAGCAGGAAUCUGGUUCAUGGAAAAUAACAGAUUAUUACCUCACUGAUCAGGAAGGCAAUAAAAAAUUCAUACAUGUGA